AUGCCCUGCGCCGUAUCCCAAGGCUCACCGGCUCUCAGCAUCGCCCUUGCCGGGUCGAGCAAGCGCAUUUUUCAAACCGGCGACACCAUCAUUGGCAAGGUCGUGCGUCGUCAGCACAUUGUCGCCCCCGAAUGCCAAGUUACGCUGCGACUGCUCGGCCGUGCCAAAACAAAAAUCGUCGUCACUCGCAGCAACGGCAACGGUGGCACCAGACACGACACCUACCGAAGCCGCUACCACUUCUUCGGCCCGGAAACCGGACAGAUAAUAUUUGCAGGACCGCUGCAUGUUGCUACCGAAGAAGCGGCUCCGGCCGAGUUCCCCUUUGUCAUAACCAUUCCGGCACAUCCCUCCGAGAACCUCUCGCGCGAGGCCGGGCGGAACAGCUUCCUACCCACCGACCCAGCCUCUAUUGCUGCACAACCAUUGCCGCCCUCGUACGCAUCCUAUCAUCACCACAGAGAAGCUUACGUAGAAUACUGGCUCGAGGCCCAGCUCAAUCCCGGGCCUGGGACGCAUAACAAGUCUGUCAGCCCGGCCCUAUCCACGCAGCCUAUCAUUCUAGGGGCGCCGCCAACACUGGAGCCCGUGGCCAAGAUGGUCAAGACGUCUCCAUCACCAGCGCAUUCAAUUACGUCUUAUAGACUUAUUCCCGGCAUGGAUGAGGUUGAACUUUCAUUCAAGCAAAAGAGCAAGCAAUUUUUCCACACCUCCAGCGUCCCCUCCCUCUCCUACUCGAUACACGUCGGCAUCCCGGUCGUCAUGCAGCUCCAGUCCCGGGAUACGAUCCCGCUCACCCUGCGCCUGUCGCCAAUGGCAAGGGGAACCAGCGACGAUGUGCAAAAAACAACGCAAAAGGCCACCAUUGACUACAUUACGCUGCAGCUCAAAACUAACACCGUCAUUCGCGCGGGUGAGCAUUUUCUUGGGGGUUCACGCGAGACCAGUACGUCUGACGCCCAAGACUUACACUUGGAGAAGGCUCUUAAAGCGCUGCCGACGCCCAUGGUCGUCGACAUUGACCCCGACGGUGAAGCCAUCAAUCUCGGCGCUCUGUUUGACUUGCAUCUUUGCGAAUCAGGUCUAUUCAGUGGCAAUGAGAGGCUGUCAAGCCAGUGGUUUGCACCGCCCAUAACACCCAGCUUUGUUACAUACAACAUGACGGUCAGUCACGCUUUGAAGGUUACCGUCAGCGUCACCGUCUGCGGCAAGGGGCACUCCGACACCUUCAAGUUGGACACGCGAAUAAUGUCGCCGCCUAUCAUGAAUCGGAUUCCCCAGAACAGGCCCAAGCAGGCUAUCCAGCUCGAAGCCGGGCCGGCGCCACCAUCGUUUGCUGAAGCCAUGUGGGAAACAGCCGGGGGUGAGGCCGAGCGCCCGCCCAAUUACAACCAAGAGCCAAAGGCGGUUAGCGAGGCUAUGAGAGAUGUUGAAUCCAAGGUCGCGAUGACACCCAAAUAA